AUGGACGCCUUUUCGUCCCCCGUGCGCUUGAUGCCACCGCAUACCCCCCGACGGGUCCCAUCGCCAGUCAUGUCGCCCAGUGGCCGGAGAGGCCGCCUCCACGCCGGUUCAGAAGACGGCCGCCUUCGCGAUCUGUCGCCCGAGACGACACUGCGCGCCUUCACCUACACUCCCGUGCCGUUCGACACUACGCGCGACGAAUACAAAAUCUUUGCCUGUAUCGACACCCUCACCGCCGCCGAGAGAGACCUAGGCGCGCGCGUCGCCAAGGCCGCCCAACGCCUCAAGGCAUGGUGCGCUGAGAUUGAGCAGUGGGGAUGGUCGGGCUCUUUUGAGGAACCCAGCCCUCAAUUGCGCGAGCAGAAACGCAAGAGUAUCGAGCUGCGCAUCAAGCAACACGUCGGCCGUCUCGACCUCGGCCUCGACCACGCCGUGCCGCCGCUUGAAUACUGGGGCUCGCUGCUUUCAGUCGAGGUGGAGCAGCAUGAGGCGCGCCUCGACGAGAUUGGCGACGAGAUGCUCAAACUAGACGUCGAAGAGCUCAAGGAAUACGUGCUGGAUAUGCAUCCCGCUGCAAAGUCCAGGCCCUCCUCUGCCGGCUACGAAGCCACUCGCCAACACUACAAGGUCAUGGAUGACUUUUCCUUCCUCAUCACCCAGACCCUGCUGUCAGCCCUACCACAUCACACCAAGCUCAAAGAGCGCCUCAACACAUGGACAGCCCGAGUCUCCAUCUUGCGCGAGGCUCCUCGUUACAUCAGCGACCUUGAUACCGCGCAGAAGGCCAUGCGCUUGGGCUGGGACGCCAUCGAGCCGCCAGCUGAUCCCUCUGAUCUUGCCUUUGAACAGUGGAAAGAAGCUAUAGACACCAUUUCCACCGUCCUUCAUCAGAGAGUGAGCAGUUUGGGUAGACGUUUGGACAGGAUGCUCGACACACUUGAAGGCCGAGAAGAUUGCUUGCCAGAGCACUGGAUAGACACUUUUGAGGCUACAGAGGCAGACUACGGGCGUUGGAAACAUGAGUCUAGGAGGAGACUGAUCGAUGCAGAGGUACGCAGGCGAGCAGACGACUCAGCUGCACCAAGAAGCGCACUUGCUACCACCCAGCAGUUGUCACCAGAUCCCAGCUCGAGCGCAAUUCCAAAAACAGACCAUAAUAUCGAUCAAAAGCCAGGACACUCUCUCGAGUCUAUAGAUGAGAUCAUUUCACCCAAGAUACGCUCAGCAACGUCCCCAAAAAACGCCGUCGCGUUAUCUCCUCGGCAGCAUAUGGCUCUUCUGGGUUACGAUGCGCCUGCAGAAGACGAUUCGCCUUUUUCUGGGCCGCUACCCUCUGACGAUGAAUCGGAAUUUGACGAAGGCGAUACUGUUGUGCAUCACGUUCUCAACGAGAGCCCGGACCAUGGCGCUGUUCUAGCCGAGUCCGAUUCAUUGUUUCCAGGCGACCCCAAACCAGAUGACUCAUCGGAAAACCAUAUGCAACAUUAUCCCAGGGUCCUUGCGAUCCCAGAUAUGCCAAUUCUCACCGCCAAAGAUAGCAGCGAUGAUGCCGUCAUUGACCCUCCCCAGACACCGCGCUCCUGGAGGGGAAGCCUUGGAUCAUUUUCCACGGACCUGUCUCCAGACUCAAGCCCACACAGUACUGUCGAAGAGUCCCCGUCAGUGCGCAACCCUACUCUCCGUGAAAUGAGGAUGCCUCAUUCAGAACUCAAUGGCGCCAUGCCAAAGCGGCGACUGGAACAAGAAUCAACCACUCUCGAACAACCUCCAGCUAAUGCACCAUGGCCGCCAUCUCAUUUCACUCACAAACCUGGUAACAGCGCAGAGGAACUGGAGCGUAAGAUCUCUGAUAUCCUGACAACAAUUCCGGCGCACAUCAGGCUCACGUCAGGUCCCGGACCUAACGCUCCCGAAGUAAAACCAGCACGUGGUUUGACGGCAAAAGGAAGUCGUACGUAUUUACGUGCAGCUCGCUCUGUGAGCAACUUCAAAGCACCUGAGCUUGUUCUGUCCCCUGCCAAGAGUGAAUUUGAUCUUCACAAUGCCUCGUCUGGCCGUAGAUCUGCAGCAGCAGCAAGAGGCGAUAACGAUAUCAAGCUAUAUCAUCUUACCCAACCAGGCAAGGAGCAACCCGUCAAGCUAUUCAUUCGUCGCGUAGGGGAGAAUGGCGAGCGUGUCAUGGUACGCGUUGGUGGUGGCUGGUCUGAUCUCGGCGAAUAUCUGCGUCAAUACGCUGAGCACCACGGUCGACGGACAGCAAGCGAGGGCAAAUUCGAAGUCGUGGGUCUUGAAAUCAAGAAUCCAGAUCAAUCACCCGGUCGCCCAGAGAGCGUCAUGAGUAGGCGAGAGAGGCGCAUCAGCGCUGGCUACCCGAUUCCCAGCCCUUCCACUACCCCUGUCAAAGCUUCUGGUUUGGGCGUCGGCAUCUCUAGAGACCAAACGCCUCCGCGAAUGCCGACUUUCCACGCUUCAACCCCAGAUCGGGGCGAAGAACCAGAUGUACCCUCGACCACGUCAUCUCGUAGUUCGUGGCAAGGCAAAGAAGUUGGGCUUGCGGGCCCAACGUCCAAAAAGUUGGAUCUCAGCGGUGACAAGCUGGUGUGGAUUGAAGGCAUGAUGAAGCAAGCUCGCACCGUGAGCACAAACGCAAUUCCAACCGAUCGUCCCGUCUCGCAACGCGACGAGCGUCCACUCACCAGUGGCGGCAGUCGUCCAGGAAGCCGCGCGGGCCCCGGGGGAGCUCUGGGCGGCAAGAAGCCUGAAUUCAAAGACUUGGGUAGAGUCGGUGGGACAAGGAGGCUCUUUAUGAAGGGCGGGAACCCCACUUUUGGUGAGUAA